AUGACCCUCACCGGGGAACUCGGAAAUUAUGGACUCGCACUAGAAAAGCAUAAAGCAAGGCACAAUGAUAAGGUGGAGAAGUGGAGAGAAGCCCUUGUAGAAGUUGGCAAUAUUCUUGGAGAGCAUGCAGAGGGUAGGCAACAAAGCACUUUCAUCCAGAAUACUACGAAAUUGUUUAGGGAAACACUGGCUGCCAAGUUCCCAGAAUGCCGGCUCCCAGAGCCUGAAAGAUCAGUUUUACGAGGCAGUUCUUCAUCCAACGUCAAGGUAAUUCUUUACACAACGAGUGCUAACAAUGACCUAGACGCAAAUGGGUGGGCAAAGAAGGUUCUGUUGAGUGGAAAAGUUGUAUUUGAGGAGAGAAACUGUUCAAAGGAGCCUAUAUAUUUGAAAGAGCUAGAAGAGCUGGUGGUUAAAGAAAAGGUGAGGUUUCCCAUGGUGAUUUUGAAUGGGAAGGAUUUGUGUGGAGAAGAAGAGGUAGAUGGUUUAGAUGAUUUUGGGGACAAGCAAAAGCUUUUAUUGUCAGUAUUGAAUAUGCUUUAUGUCACCGAAAGAGCAGUGAAAAGCCUUCCAUUCGGCAGAAGGAGUUCAACUAAUGGGGAAGGUUUCUAAGACUUCCCUCAUUGUUGAAUGUGGAAGUAUAAAAAUUUCUUGUUGAA